CCCGCCGCCAUUGAAGAUCUCCGUAAGUGGACCUCCAGCGAAGCGUUGGGUGACAUGACGGUCACACCCGAUUGUAUGCAUCAUGUUGACACGUCCAUUAGCACCUCGAUGGUGAUCGGCGAUAAUGGGGUAUUGACGCCCGCCCUAUCUCCGUCCGUGUUGUCGGCCGAUGCGGUCGACGCACUCUACGCCAUAAAUGUCAGCCAAAUUGGCGACAAUACGCAACUGCCUAAUGAUAUAAAUAAAGAUGUGCCUUUGAAUCAUCGACUGCCUUCACCCGAGGAACAAUGUAAAAUAAUAGCUUUAAGGUAUCCCGCCGAAGUGAUCUCGGUGGACACAUCGGGCAAACGUUUCCAGCGCAUGUGUGCGGCGCGCAAAUCCACAACCGGUUGCUACACCGGCAACAUGGCCGAGACGAAUAAUCUGAACGAUGAUGUUCAAACGGUGAGCCGACGUUCACGUUCGCGGCGAGUACGCGGCAAGCGACGCAACACAAUCGCCGGUACCGAUCAGAAGGAAAUUCAAGAUGCGGCAAAUGGUGACUCGACAGCAACAAGCGGUGAGAUUAAAAACUCAUUAAAUGCCGCCGGAAAAAACGUCCCCAUAGGAGCCAACGUCAACGCCGACGCCACUGCAAUUGGUACUGAGGAGGAUGUGCGUCGUAGCGAUAAAUCGAAAAAGUUCGGGCGCAGCAAAUCGAGCGAUAUCUUAAAAAAAGAUGCUGUUGCCUUGCCCUACGAUAAGGGGAAGAGUACAUUGACACGCCUAAAUUCGCUUAAACAAUGGGGCAGAAAUCGCUUCAAAUUUAUGCAACGCGCAGAGACACCAGCACAAUCGGCCAGCGAUAGUGGCGCCCACGAUGUGUCGGCGAGCAGCAGCAGCAGUAAUUCACAGCAACCGCCUGUCGCCCCCGAAAAAGUGGAGACGAGCGGUGGUAAUAAUGCCGCAGCCAGUCCAGCAAAGGCAAAUCAAUCAACGCGCACCGCCACGGGCGACAUUGAUGAUGAAUGCGUUGUGCAUGAACUGGUGAGCCAGAAGAACGAAGGUCGGUUUUCGCAUGAACGAAAACCGUCAUAUUCGUCAUCGGAGAAGAGCAUGAGUGUUGGCAGCAGUGGGCACCUCAAAGGUAAACUGCAUCUGGCCACCUGUGGUAACGUGAAGCUGCGUGAUACCUCAUCGUUGAAUCGUCAACGGCGACUUGGUAUCACCGGCAAUGGUGCGCUGGCCGGCAAAGAGGAACAACCGCAUUCGUCUAGUGGUAAUUGGAGCGCUAGCUCUGAAUCGGGUAGGGCAUCUAUAGGCAGCGAAAUUACUAUACAACCUAAGUCGAGCGCUUCAAAUACAUCGCUGAAUGUGUCAAGCUUCCAUCCGGGUAGCGGGCCGCCAUCAUCAAUGAUGAGCAGACGUCGUUUCUUGAAUACUUCCGCCUCAAGCAGCGUAACUAGUGAGGGCACUGCCACGCCCGAUUUGCAAGUGGCCGAUGGCUCAUAUCCCAAUCAUCUAGAUGAUGAAACAAGCUCAGCUUAUUCAUGUGACACGGAGGGCUAUUAUACUUCCUUUCACAUGGACAGCGGCUUGCGCACGCUGAAAGAAGAAGAUCCACCCAUGACACCGCUGCAACACAAUCAAAUGCUGCACACAAGCAACUACUCAUUUGGGAGUCAAUCCAACCAGACCGUGUUGACGGCUGAGAACGAAUAUGAACUCUUUGGCAAGGGUUCAACAUCCACCACGACCAGCUCAGCGGGCACUGUUUGCACCACCUUGCUGGUGGGUGGCGAGCAGAGUAGCCUAAAUAGUGUCGGUCCGGAUGUGCCCGAACGCAUCAGCUCAUUGGGUAAGUUGAACAAGAAUAACCACAGCAAUAGCGCCAGCACUAGCACGCUUGAGCGCAGUUACUCCAGCAGCACCAUAGGAAGCACGUUAGAACGCACUGGCACCAUAAAACGCAACGUUAAUGCUGGUCUAAAAUUAAACACCACUGCGGAUGGAGAAAACAUUGAUGGCAUCAAAGGUAACUUCGAAACGCCCGAGUCACAAGAAGAUGAAUUUGAUUUUGAAAAACGCAUACGUCGUCGCUCCGCACAGCCGUUACCGGCGAUGGUCGCUAUGUCUGAGGUGGAAUGCUCCGAAAGCUCCGAUUUGGAGGGCGUGGAACGUAUUGAACGCAUUAAACAGAAGACUGCUAUUAAUGUUAAACGCAUACCGUCCAUGUGUGUCAUAACGCCCACCACUAGCGAUGACGAGAACCAAAGUAAAGAUGGCGGCGACGCUGAUGACGCUUACGACCCAGACCGAACUUUAACGCCACAAAGCUCGCCAUGUUCGAAAGCACGGGCGAGAGCAGAAACCACCCUUAAAGUGGAAUUAAACGAAGUUGCUGGCUAUUGCACUGUUGAUGUCGACAAUGCGGCGCGCAAAGUGGUAGAUGCGCCACUCACCCCCACAAAGGGUGAUAAAGACCAUAACCUGAAUGUGCUGAAGCGAAAUUCGAAUUAUGCAUUUAGUAUGUUCGAAAAACUGAAAGUCGUAUUGCCGAGUAUUAAGCGUUCGCCCAGUAAAAGCUCACAGCCAGAGUGCGUGGUUGACGAUGACGAACUAUACGACACCGCCGGUGAAUAUGUGACCAUAGCAGACAUUAGCAACAACAAUCGGCACAAUCAACUGCCAACGGCGAAAGCCGUAGGUGCUAGCUCCCUUGGAAUCUACUAUUCCAAUGACAUAGUUCGUCGCAAGUUCUACGAUGCAUCUGCUUGCGCCGCCGACGCAACUACGAAAGCCAACGAGCCAGCUGCAGCGACUGUGGCGGCCAGAAGGCGCGACACAGAGUAUGUUUCAUUGAAUGAACUACCCCAGCAUUUGCGUAAAGUUGGUAGCAGCGCUUACAGCAGCAGUGCAGCGUUGAGUGCAACAGUCAACAAUGAAAUUACUGCUAGCAAUAGCAAUGCAGCCACGCUGGGGACGAAUGCGACACAACAACAAACGCAGUGCGCAGAAUCCGCACAACAAAGUUCAUCGGUUGUUGAAUCUGCCGUGCCCAUGUAUGCCGAAAUUAGCGAAGUACGAGAGCAGUCUCUAGUCUCUCCGCUAACGCAACACAAGGGUGCUCGCGUGCGUCUAAAUUCGCAGGGUAAAAUUAUUUACGAAUCGGACAGCCUGAAGCGACGCAAGGGCGCGCACACAACAUUCGCACCUGGACCGUAUGUAAAAGAAACUGAAAGUGCGCUGCCCGAAAUUACAAGUGUCAACGCACAAACGCACACACCGCCAGCACAGCAGGCGCAGCUGCAGUCCCAAUCCCAGUCCCAGUUAGGCAGUGAAAGUGCAAACGCAGCGAAAGCGAAUUCUUCCGUGUCGGCAAAAACAACAGCGGCCAAAUUACUUUUGCUAAAUGGUGGUGUAGCGGCGACCAGAAAAAUCGCCAAUGUGCGUCCCAUUGUUGCAUCAUCACCACUAACGUUAGCCAGACAACAGCAGUCUCAGCAGGCGCAACAUUACACCGGGCAGGCAGCCAAUAACCGUUCGAAUAUGUCAUUGUCGUCUGGCUUGUAUGAAGAGCCUCGCUCCACAUUGGCGUACAGCAGCAGUUAUCAGGACAACAAGAAUCUGCUCGCGAACAAUACAAAUCCAUUUUUCCAAUCGAACAUCAUUACGGCCCCAGCACCGGCGACAGCACUGAUGAUGCCCUCACCAUCCACCAAAUCUACUUCGUCCACGGGCUCCACCAUAUCGUCGAGCGCAUCAACCAACACCAGCAGUGGCACUUCGAGUGCCUCCUCUGCCAAGGAUGAAGGCUAUCAACGUUUAUAUAGAACGAGAGAUCAGCAACAACCACUGCCACAACCACCAGUUGAAUCGGAAGCACAGUCACAGGUGGAGGUUUCACCCUUUCAACGGAAUACGCCCAUCUACUGGACGUUACAGAAUCGUAGGCAACAAAAGCCACCGCCCAGUAGCGUAACCUGUCGCGACGAUCUGUAUGCCACGCCCAUAAAACGUUCAGAACGUUUGGCACGCGCAGCAGCGUCCGCAGCUCAAAGUGGAAUAAAUGUAGCCAGCAAUCUAUCACCGAUCGUGCCACGUAAUCGAAGUGGAUUCCAAACUUCUACGCCUUCGCGAGAAGAUGAAGCUGCACAGGCGAACUUAAAUAAUUCGCCCUGCCGACAGCCACUUAGUCGCAACGCCAAUUGGGCCGAUGAUAACUCACCGGAACGCUACAACACCUGCUCGGAUCGUAUUGGGCAUAGUAAGACAAGCCUGAUGGACUUCAAAAAACUACUGCUAGCCAAAUCGGCCAAAACAAGUCCCGUGCAACGAAAACUUUCCGCAGUUGAGUUGUUGAAAAAGACCAGUCCUGUGAAUGUUACGUCAACUGAGACGGCGCCGGGUAAUAAACCGCUAACUGUCAGCGGCACGCAAGCGCUGAACAGUAGCAUGAAGUUGCUCGACUUAAGCGGUUCGCCUAAAACCUUCGCCAAUCGUCGAAUGCUGCGUCAAGGCCAGUUCGGCUCGCCUUCUAAGAGCUUCGCACCCAAACUGAAGAGCGCCACUGGUAGUGGCAUAGCCAGCACCGUGCAACGCACAAAUAUUAUGUCGACCACUAUUCCGGAAGUCAAUAGCGAGGAAGAUCACUCCAGCACGGCAUCGAGUACGAACAGUUCGAAGGACGGUAAUGAAUUGAAAUCGUCGACGAUGGCGGAUGUGUCAGAAACUGGCAACAGCCGUUCGUAUGAUCUAAAACGCAAUUUCUUCUUGCAAACGGAGGAGAAUAAUUUCAUGCGUGGCGAAAUUAAGUCAGUGUUCGGCAGAAGCAACUCAACGCCGACCGUGACAACGCCGCCAACACCGAUAGCAUCCGUGGUCAGUGGUACUGCAUUGCGUGGCAACAAAUUUUCAGGUGCGCAAAUGAUGGUUGCCAAUAGUGGUGCCUUGCGCACUAGUACGCUUGCGGAUACCACACGCCAUUACGCGUCACAACCGACGACAGCUGGAGGAACUUUGACGGCGGCUGCAACAUCAGCGACCGUAACACCUAUGCCAGCAUUAGAGACGGCACUCUGAGCGCGUAGAUGUCGCCCACUAUUGAGGUACUUCCAGGCGAAAUCAUUUCUUACUGCCAGCAUGGCAUGCGAAAUGCACGAGGCAUACAUGGAUAUGCGAAGACACAUUUAAAACGAACGAAAAGCAAUUUCGAAAUCAAUUAGCAAACUUUCAACGUUUAUUUAGCGGCGUUUGAGAGGGAUGUGGAUAGAGCAAUGGACGGCGGAAGUAGAUUGCAGUACAUACCAGUGGUGGUACAUACAUAUUUUUUUGAAAAAUCCCCACUCAACAAAAAUAAAAUCCCCAGUUUUUCCUACGCAUUUAAAAAUGGUUAACCACAAAAUUCCCUACAAUUUUUAUCUAAUAAUUCCAUAUAACAUUAAUAGAAGACCGAACAAAGUUUGACUAUGUAAAACACUAAAGGUUCAAUGUUUAGAAAAGUUAUUAUCAUAUCGAUGCACAGUGUAUCGUGUGGAACAAGCUAGGUGAACAAACUUCCUUCAAGAUUUUUUAUAAAAGGAUCUCUGCGUGGCCUCGGGUUGCCAGUAUUACCUAACGACACAACUUAAUAAAACACUUC